CCUCGAAUAGACAUCAGCUUACGAAUAAUAAACACACUAAUACAGUAAUUGCAAUUGCAGAGGCACAGAGCGACGGGAUCUCUCCGGCAUAUAUUGGAAACUCUUCACAGCGAGAUCUCGACGUAUCUCAGAUCCGUUAGGCUAGUUUGAUCUUGAGGAAUCAUGGCUCCGGUCUCGGCACUCGCCAAGUAUAAGCUGGUGUUUUUGGGAGAUCAAUCCGUCGGAAAGACGAGUAUCAUCACUCGAUUCAUGUACGACAAAUUCGACAACACUUACCAGGCGACAAUUGGCAUUGAUUUUCUAUCAAAGACAAUGUACCUUGAAGAUCGAACUGUCAGACUGCAGCUGUGGGAUACAGCAGGGCAAGAGAGAUUCAGGAGUCUUAUUCCGAGCUAUAUCAGGGAUUCAUCUGUUGCUGUUAUUGUGUAUGAUGUUGCGAGCAGGCAAUCCUUCUUGAACACGACUAAAUGGAUCGAUGAAGUUAGGACAGAGCGUGGUAGUGAUGUCAUAGUUGUGCUUGUGGGAAACAAAACUGACCUUGUUGACAAAAGGCAAGUGUCAAUAGAGGAAGCAGAAGCCAAGGCUCGUGAGCUUAAUGUAAUGUUUAUCGAAACCAGUGCCAAAGCAGGCUUCAACAUAAAGGCGCUUUUCCGCAAGAUAGCAGCAGCUUUGCCCGGAAUGGAAACACUGUCUUCGACAAAGCAAGAGGAUAUGGUUGAUGUCAAUCUCAAGUCUUCUAAUGCAAAUGCAUCUUCGGCUCAGCAGCAAUCAGGAGGAUGCUCUUGUUAAAAUUGGCAACAACCACAACAAAUUGAUAUGGAACAAAACACACACAAAAGAAGUCCUCGAGCCUCCGCAUAAUCAGAUCCGUUACUAUCUACCAUCUGUAAAAUUUUUGCCUGCUUUAUCUUUCUUUUCAUCAGAUUGUUUUAAAAGGAAGAGGCUUUGUUUUUAGUUUAUGGUUUGUCCUUAACUCUAAACUUUUGUGGUCUUUGGAGUUUCAAAUGUUCUGCAUUAGUACUUUUGUUUGCUCUUUUUUAUUAAACAACUAUAAAAUUGUGAUUUUGCCCGUCUUUGAAUUGAAUUAUAUAUUUGAGAGCUAUG